UGUUCAUAUAAAUAAUAACAUCUCGGCUAGCAUGUGGCAAGCAUACCUGUCAGAGAGGUAGCGCGUUUCCUCACUCAGUUAAAAUUGUCCAAACUUGUUUGUCCGCUCGACACUAAGGUAGAGGUAGAGGUCCGGGCAGGGAGAAGCAGCGGCAGUAUGUCGGUCGACAGCGUGUUUAGGACCCGGUCCCUCGGUGUGGCAGCCGUAGGUCUUCCUGAUCAAUACGCCGAUGGCAAAGCAGCGAAAGUGUGGCAGCUGUACAUCGGAGACACGAAGAGCAGGACGCAGGAGUACAGGAGCUGGGUGGUGUCCCUGCUGAAGCAGCACGGGGUGCGGAGUGUGCUGGAUGUAGCCUGCGGAACAGGGAUUGACUCCAUUAUGUUGGUGGAGGAGGGGUUUAAUUUAGUGAGUGUGGAUGCCAGCGACAAAAUGCUCAAGUAUGCACUGAAGGCGAGAUGGGACAGGAGAAAAGAACCAGCUUUUGACCAGUGGGUGAUUGAAGAGGCCAACUGGCUGACUUUAUCAGAAGACAUUCAGAAACCAGGAGAUGGUUUUGAUGCAGUCAUCUGCCUCGGCAACUCAUUUGCCCACUUACCAGACUUUAAAGGGGACCAGAGUGACCAAAAGCUGGCCCUUCGAAACAUCGCCAGUAUGGUCAGACCAGGUGGGGUCCUCAUCAUUGACCACCGCAAUUACGACUACAUCCUGGAGACCGGGCGUGCUCCACAAGGCAAGAACAUCUACUACAAGAGUGACCUAACUCAGGACAUCACCACCUCAGUGUUGUGGGUCAACAGUAAGCCACAUAUGAUCACUCUGGACUACACCAUCCAAGUGCCACAGGCCACCCUCCAGAACCUGCCUGAAGUUAGGUGA